UGCGGAAGCGCUCUCAAUGGUCGGCUGCUGAAGUGCGCGGCGGGAGAUUUUCGAAUGCAAAUUCCUAUUGACGAAUUGCGCGACAUUGCGUUUCCGUAUUAGAGGAGCGAUUCGGAGUCGGUUUAUUUAGCCAUUCAAACGGGAUGCGGGCGCCAGAUGAAGAUGACAAUAAUGGGGAGGAAUUGGAGCCGAUUGCGUCUAGUUCUAAACAAAGUGCGCCGGAACAAACGGGAAACCACAGGGGUGCAGCUAUCACUCGGCGGAAUAGUGACAACCAAGCUUCAGACACAGAGGCAGGUGCGGUGAUAUUUCCCGAGAAUGGUCCCUCACCUGAUGGAUCUAGCAGCGACGACGAUGAUGACGAAUCUGACGGACAAAACGGGAACGCCACCAGGGCCGAGGGCGCCUACGACCCUGCUGAGUUUGCGCAUCUCAGCGUGCCUCCGGAGGUGAAGGAGCUGUUCAACCACAUCACGCGGUACACGCCUCAAGUCACGGAGAUCGCGUUUCGGCUGCGCCCAUUUGUUCCUGACUUCAUACCCGCUAUCGGUGACAUCGACGCCUUCCUCAAAAUACCCAGGUACGACAAGGUGGAGGACAAGGCGGGCCUCGUGUUCCUCGACGAGCCAGGCGGGAAGCAGAGCGACCCCGCCGUGCUCAACCUGCAGCUGAGGGCCGUCGCCAAACAAGGCACCGUGAAGGAAGCGGUGGUUAAAAGAUUGGACAACGCUGAACAAAAUUUGAGAGCUGUGGAUAAGUGGAUUAGGGACAUUCAGGAGUUACACAGAAAUCAUCCCCCUCCGUCCAUAAACUAUACUAGACUGAUGCCAGAUGUCGAUUCAUUGAUGCAAGAAUGGCCUCUUGAAGUGGAAAAUAUGCUACAGGAUCAGAGUCUACCACCACCUGAUCUCCAAUGCAGCUUGGAAAGUUAUAUAGAUAUGAUGUGCGGUAUUUUGGAUAUCCCAGUUUACGAAUCAAGAGUGGAGUCUUUACACUUGUUCUUUUCUGUGUUGCUAGCUGUUAAACAGUCAAAGUACAAUCCAGCUUUGUGAAAUAAAUUGUAACUUAUUAAAAGUA